ACUAUCAUUGGUCGUCAAGACCAUGUGAUGCCUCGAGAUGCCUGUUUACGGCUUUUUGGAUCGACAGAUUGUGGAAAGGUGGAAAGAGGUAUGUUGCGCCUUCAGAGGACAGGGUUAACGACGUUUACUUUUUCAAUCCAACUAGUUCGUCACAGUAUAACGAUAUACAGUAAUUGUAUAAAAUCAUGAUAAUUCCUUGAAAUAUACUAGGGUUUCAGCAUUAUUCGUAGAGAAAUAAGUGAGAAAGAAAUCAUAAGGCUUAUGAAGAUUGGGCUCCCUCGGGUUAUAAAAUAUAAAGUAUUAAAUGACAUUGAUAAAUCUAAGUAAAUAUAAAUACAUAUAAAUGUAUAACAACAUAAAGUAAAGUAUCAAACAUAUAACCUAAAUAAUUGGACACUGUGAAGAAAAAAUAACUAUUUACAAGGUUUAUAAUUUAUAAUUCUCACAGAAAUGUUUACGAAGAUUUGUUUUGAAUGAGGAGAGACAAGCAGAACUUUGAUCUCAUUUCCUAAAGAGCAGAAAAAUUUGGUCCUUGGAAACUCACAGAAAAUUUACGAAGAUUAGCUGUACAGAAAGGAAGGUGAAAAUCAUUCGCGUAUUUAGUGUCAUAGCCAUCAUUAGAUUUCUCCCGGGAGACUUCUUUGUGAAAAGAAAAGUAAUCUUUGAACCUUAAUGGAAGAAGAGAAUGGCCAUGGUUGAGAGAAAACAUAAGAUUGUCUAAUGUCGGGAAGGUUUUUAAUAGCUCCAAUUCUUUGAAAAUAGGGUCUUAAUGAGCAUCGAUAGUCCCUAGAAACAAUUCUAACAACUCGCUUUUGCAAAGAGACAAGACGGCAAGGAUUUGUUUUGUAGGUAGAUACCCAGACAAUAAUACAAUAAUGGAAAAAGGGGUAAACUAAACAAUAAUAAAGAGUUUUAAAACAGGGUUUGGGUAGAAAAAGACCUGCUCUAUAACUGACUGCUACUGAUUUAGAGGUUUUAUAGCAAAUUGAGAAAUGCGGAGGUUUACAAGACAGAUGUUCGCCAAGGACUACUCCGAAAAUGAUCGUUUCCUUCACUUGUUCGAUUCUAAAUUGAUUAUGAACACACAAAAACAGCUUAAAAAUGCUUUUCCGCUGAACGCAUGGCAAAACGUUAUAUAUAAAUUUACUAGAACAGUCAUACGUUAGAAUUUCACUCAAAAGUGCUGUUAAUUUUCCAAGCUACAACAAUCUUUUUCUUCGGUUACGUAACUACAAAUCCCUGGUUCAAAUCGAAGGCUGCAAAUCUUCAGACACUCACAGGUCAAAGUUUCACUCACUUGCAGUUACGCAACUGCUUUAGUCAGUAGUAUCCGUAGAUAACAUACAGGCUUAGGUUUUCUGUCACGUGCAGGUGAAUUUCACUCACGUGCGGUUGGUACACCAAGUUGCAACGCGCCUUUUUUUGGAGGGUGGGUUGCGUAACCAAACCCUAGAUUAAAGGUUGCAAAUCUUAGAAGUCCUAUGAGAUGUAGAACCAGGGGAUGGUUAGCUAAGCUUUCAAGAGCAUUGCAGCUUGCUAUGUAAAUGCACGUGAGUGAAAUUAAACUGCACGUGAGCUAAACUUAAACGUAUGAGUUAUCCAGGCUUCGGACCAUCUUACGACUCUUUCGACGAUUUGCAGCAUACCAUAAGAGGUAGGGAAUUAAUAGUUACGUAACCGAGGGAAACGUCCCGCUUCGCUCACCAAUCGAAAUUGAGAGGCUAUAGUCUGAUCCAUAGAUAGUUCACAAGUUAAAGUUUCUCUCACAUGUUAUUCAUAUACCAAGUAACAAGACGAUUUCGGUUUCGAUUUCGCAAACAUUCCAAGGCUGCAAAUCUCCAGAAGGUUCUGAUUCCUAGAUCGGUCACGGGCGCGGGUUAAAGUUGAGUCAUGCACGUGCUGAUAAAUUUGACUUGCGGUUUUCCUAUUUCAAGCGUUUUUGGACUGCUAUUUUUCCUUACACAAGCGGUAUCUUAGGAAUUAUCCCAGGGGUAUCGCAGUUAGGAUAGUUCAUAAUGUAUAUUGGCUUAAUUUUAAGCAUAAUAUUGCUGCAGAAGAAUCAGUGUUAUGCUGAAAUUAUAGUGCAACGUUCCAACCAAUUGCAAUUCUCUGCUGCGUUAAAGAUCAUCGUUGCGAAUCGCUCCGUGUAACAACACCUUAAGCACCGACUGUAGCAAACUGUCCGCUAAAGUUAAGAUCAUUCAAAUUUUCUUGAUCAAGAAACAGUUUCUUGAUCAAGUCGAAAGUUUUACCCGUUCCAUUUUAUUCGCCUUUACUCUUUGCCACUUGUCGAGAUAAUGUAAGUAUUUUUUGUUGUUGUUGUUGCUUUUUUUUUUUUUUGCGUUUUGUUUUGUUUUGUGUUGUUUUUUUUUAAUUCGGAAUACGUGGUUUUACCAGCAUUAAAAUCUGUAGAUUGAAAUGUCAGGAAAUGCUUGGUUUGUAAGCUAUGAUUACUUAGCCUGCACGCAGCCGAAUCCUUUUGGCUAUGUUGCUCCCGGAGAAGCGACGUCCUUUUUCAACAAAGGAAAUAGGAGCCGAUUUCCCCGUCAGGCUUAUAUAUUAACUCGCUACACUUUGCCGGAACACUUGCGUCAAUUUACCUUCCAAAUAAAUCGCCAUGAUUGUUCUUCUUGAACUAUAUAGGUAAAACAAUUAUAUGGCAAUCUAAAUUCACUGCAAAGAAGACGUUUUAGCUUUCAACUGAUAGACCUUAUUACAGUUUCUGGCACGCCAGAAUUGAAUUGCUUUGAACGUAAGUAAAAAAACUUUACUUAUUGCGUUGAUAUGUAUAUUUUAAAUACGUUUCGCCUUUUAGUUCUUCAUUUUGGUGAUUUUCUGCAGUGACAGUUCGUUUAAGUUUAGUCUAAGCCCUGUAACUAGUCUGCAAGUCAACGAAAGGCACGAAAAAAGAAGUUCUUUUAUCGUCGAAAAAUUAGACAACCUAAUGAAAGGCUGAAAAGACCCUACUAGGGUUGGUCUCUGAACUGCAGAAGGCUCUAAGGAAAGUUGACAUUUUAAACUAAUUAUCAAUAAGCGACGCAGGAAAGACAUUCUUAUAAAGUCACCAAACUCUGGCAGUUUUACGCAUCAAUUAUCAUGGGCUCCCUGAAUUUGGUUGCCCCAUGUACUGUGCACAAGGACAGGGUUGAAGUGUAGAAUCGAGAUAAUUUUUAAAAGAUUCAGACAACCCGAAGACCACAGUUUCAUUUCAUGUAACUCUUUUGCUUAUAUGUUAUCAAGAAAAUAUAAAAAGCAGAAAGACAAUAACUAUUCUCCGGCUCAAACGCUGCAAAUGUUCAGAUUCGUAAGAGAUAUUCUGAUCCGCCUUUGAGGAAGGGAACAUUUAACGAAUAGAAAAGACUAAGCUUUAUAGCCACAUGCUGUUGUUAUUAUUAUUAAUUAAUUAAUCUUUUGACAGCAAAGUAGUUAAUUUGCAUCCAGCUUGCUAAAAAUAAUUAAAGUACACUUUUAUCCCAUAGCGCUUUUAAUUUUCGCGGCACUCUUUUCUUUUCUUUCUUUUGCUUUUUCUUUUUUGCUUCCUUUUUUACGCUAUGUUUUUGACAUUGGUUUCUCACGAGCUAGUAGACAGUUAAAUCUUCAGGAAAGCGAAUUUUUCUGUGAAUAAGUACCAGGUGAACCGACUAAAAAAGACAUGAAGAAAAAUGUUUGUGUUUUUGUGUGUGUCUGUGCAAAUAUGGCAGAAACUGGUCAUGCAAGCAAAUGAAGAUCUAUUCCUCCUGAAUGCACUCUUUAUCAAUCUUUUUGGCGAGAAAGCCGGUCAGUGAUUUCUGAAUGACAGAAAAUGAGCCAGUUCUUGCCCCGACUCCGGAUAAGUCUAUUACGCCAGUAUCAUAAUUAGGACAAUUUAAGAGCCUUAAGUUGACUUACUUCUUCUGCAACGUUGGCACGCCUUUUACAAGAGUCAUAGUUGUGUGGCUGUUCCAACAGCACUUGAAUUAGUCAAGUAGUUCCAACUUAACGCUAACGCCAUCUCCUAAAAAAAAUGUUUACAUACUCAAGUUUGUAUCAAGAGAGAAGGUAAGGGUAAGAAGGUUAAUUCCGCAUUUCAGGCUCUAUUCUAUAGAUGAUGCUUCUUAAGUUAUUUUUAGAAACAAAAUGGCGGGAGAUUCAAAUUCUAAUACAUUCGGACCUCCCUUAUUUGUUGAUGCUGAGCUUUCUAAUGCUGCCGCUGCUGCUGCUGAUGAUGACGAUGAUGAUGACCAUAAACGGUCUUACCUUGUUUACUUGAGGCUGACUGUGAAGCAAUUGCUCAACCCGAUUGAGGUGCAUUUUGGUUGACCAUAAAUUAGAAUACAAUCGUCUCAUUCCUUAAAAUCGGGUUUUCAAUCAGCGAACCCGAGAUUCUGGCAAGUCAGUUUCCGUUUUUGCGUCUCUUCCCGGUCUCCCACCGUCUCUAAAGUCUCCUUAGCAGGCCCCUUCAUUUCCCUUUUAACCUCGCUCCAGUCAAUCCGUUUGACUCCUCGCGCGUUCUUGACCUGCGCAAAAACGGGCUGUUUUGCAAUGUCGGUUUACUUAGGCCCCGUUCGGUUGAGAUUUUGGGUUAUAUCACGUGAAACAAGCUUCGGAAUGUUUAUUUCCUUGUGCAGACAGGUGUCGCCAGUGCUUCUAUAUAGGUUUACUUAACAAUUAAUGAAUGAUGCUGAGUAUCUUAUGAAGAAUUAUGGAGUUCAUAUUACGAAAGCCGAAUUCAGUAAUUGUUUUAUUAUUCAUUCAAAAUGAUUCCUAGUUUAAAAGCAUGGCUAAAACAUGAUUACCUCCAUCGAUCCAUCGAUGUUAAGUUCAUCUUCGAUAGUGGACGUUUAGGGUUGUUCAGCUCUGCAAAUAUUCUCCAAAUAGCAGAUGUCGCCCUUCGAAAUGUCUUCUUGCGGUUCUUGCCAUGUUUUUAGCUAUUUUUUCGACUAGUUCUUACUCUUGAAACGAGUGAAAUGUCCGCCAUUUUUCAAGUUCACAACCAAAACAACUCGUCCCAGGACUUCUCGGUUAACGGUGCAUUAACCUGCAAGAACGCUGCAUUUUUGACGUCAUUUCCCCACUAAACACAAAAUUCUUUCAAAUUUGGUCAUCAGUAACUGGUUAUGGGGAAUUAAACGUGUGCUUUUAGCCAAUCAGAAUGGGGAAAUAUUUUGAAUGAAAAAUAAUCAAUAUCAGGUUUCAAAGAUCUGGAAUGUGGAUUCUUAUACGCUCUAAUAAUGUAAUUCUUUACGUUCUAAUAUAGUGUUACACAAUCAAGCUGUCGCUGCAGUUCAACCUUUAAGCUAUUGGGUUCACUUUUCCUUUACUUUCACUGUGACUUUGGGAACGUUUUUGUUAUUAUUAUUAUUUAGGUCACAUCACUCGUUCUCUUAAGAGCGUACUGAGAGCCUGGCCCUGUCCAUAUUACUCGUGUAUUCUUUUAUCAACGUAUUUCACAGUAGCGGACGCCCACUGGCUCAGUGCAACCUCGGAAGUUGAGAAAACGCCCCGGCCGCCGGCCCCUGGCCUGAAGUUUAGCCUUCCUACCAUUACUUUCGGGAUCGCGUUAAGUUAAUUAUGGGGCUGUUUGCAUGGAGGGAGGAAGAUCCUAGGAGGUGGAAUAACUUUACGUUGGGUUUACAUGCAGAAAUUUCGGCCCGUGAGUUGGCCAAGUAGAGAAGGUUAGAGAAGGAAUUCAAAAUGGCGGACGUUAACAUCAAAAAUGCAAUUUGGGUCCUUCUGCUCUCUUUACUGGCGUAAAUCACUACCUUUCAGCUGAAUUAACACAAUAAUCUGCUCGUGGAUUACUCCAAACGAAAUGGUCGGCCUUUAUUGCGGUAAUUAGCCACUAAACGACCCGCCGACAUUUUUGUCGCGUUUGUCCCUAGUACUAGGAUCUUCCUAGCGAAAGCAGUUUAUAUGGUGCUAGGAUCUUCCUACCUUUCCGUCAGGAAGAUCCUAGUACUAGGAAGAUCCUAGUGCUAGGGACAAGUACAACCCUUUUGAUGUAAACUGAAUGGAGAAAACAUAUGGCGCUAGGAUGAUCCGCCCUCUAUGGUCUUCCUGGUACUAGGAUCUUCCUCCCUCCAUGGAAACAGCCCCUAUGUCUUCAAAGGCUGGUUCAUUAAUAUCACUUAUACAAAGCAAGUAACAGCAUAAUUUAAAGCUUUUGCCACCGCACAAGCACUAACCAUCCUGGCCGUUUCGCCGAAGUGGCACUUGUCCGCAUUAGCGCGCGUUCCGCACUAUCGGGACAAGGUUCCAAUUCAACACAUACCAGUCAAGCACAAUUUUUUUUUUUAAUAGUUAACUGAUUUCCAUUAAUUUUUUGCGUUUUCUCAGUUUUGUUUGUGUGUGGACGACUGUAGAAAGAUUUGUAAACCCUGUAGUACAGCGAAACUACAAUUGUCAUUAAUAAAAUGAAUAGAAUGAAGUUCGUAAUUUUGCCGUUAAAUCGCCUUUAAAACUCAUGUUUUCGCUAUUACGCCAUGUUAUCGCGGCCCUCAAAUAUUACGUGACAUUAUGGACAAAGUUCAACAUGCGGAUAGUUCGUACACGGUGGGCAGAAACUUUGUAAACUUCACUGUACUCGACAAGUUGAUGAUCGGAGUCAAAUGCUGUAAUUAUUGUAGGUACUAGGUUAACGUUAACAAUGGCUUUCUCGUCAUCUUGAUAAGCUUGUGUAGAAUUAACACUCCGACUCAAUCUCAAAUAAGUCUCGUAACGUUGUUAGCCGAAUUUCUCUCACAUUGCUUCACUGUAAUACAUCCGGUACUUCCAAAAAUAAAUGCUACCGAAAAGCCUGCUGUAUUGUUACCAGUACUGACACAUUGCCCUGGCUAUAAUAUGGGGUGCAUGAAUUGUGUUAUUAUGAUCAAUGGGGUUUGGACGCGGCCGGUUCUUCUCUUGAUCUCUACAAAGACGAAAGUAGGAUUGAUUCACUCUGUGACUGCGACUCCUGUUCACAUUACUGGGUGCAUGGGUACUUGCUUAGUACUGGUACUAGUAACUGCUUUACCAUAGCUUUAUCUUGCAUGUUAUUGCCCUUUGCUCCACUGUUUUGGCUGAUCCGUAAGAUUUACUUUUUUCCCCUCCUUCCCUAGCCUCCCCCGCAGACAUUCUUAGGCGUGCGUCACGCGUUCCUUUCCCACGGAAGGAACGCGUGACGCACGCCUAAGAAUGUCUGCGGGGGAGGCUACUCCUUCCCCCCUCAACAACUGAUAUACAUUCCUAAUCGAUAAAACGUUUCCAUGAAUUCGAGAUAACCCGAGAUGGCCUUGCUACAAGAACACUUUUCGUGAAGUUCUUCCUAAACUAAAUUCCUCCUUAUGUGUUUGCUUUUGGAAGCUGCACCUUGCAGUGCGAGCUGUUUCACUGGAAUCAUUUUGGUUCUCGAUCACGUCUUGUGUCUACCACAGAAAAACGACCUCGACCGUACAAAGCGAACUUCGCUUACCGAGGAUCUAGUCUCAUGCAAUGGUCAAGAAUUACAGACAGCUGUUGCAGCUUUCUCAAUAGCUUACCGUAAAUCCUCUGUUAAGGCCCCCCCCCCCUAAAAUAAGCCCCCCCUUUUCAGGAGAAGAAAGUUAAUAAGCCACCCUCCCCUCCCCUAAUUAUUUUUCACCAAUAAAUGAUAGACUGUAUUAAUCAAUCACCGGACUGUAAAACUUCGUAUGGACUGAUCUGGGAUGGUUUAUUUACCAACUCGAAGUUCGGAUUUGCUUUUGAUCCUCGGCUGCAUGACCUAAAACUUCGUUAGUUACAGAAUGGCGUAUAAACAAGACAGCAUUGACUAACACACCCUCGAUAACAUUACAAACCGCAGACCGCAGUUACGCGUUUGCAGUUUCGCGUUGCCGAGAUUUGAAACUUUAGCAAGGCGUUCAGUUCAGUUCAGUUCAUUUUUAAUUUAGCCAAAAUAUAAUACAAUACAAGAAUACAUGUAGGAAUUGUAAGGUUGCAAGGGAGCCCAGCAGAAACCAGAAGGCUUUAUGAAUCCUGGGCUCCCCAGUCUCAAAGAAAUAAGCAAGAUAAAAUGAAAUUCGUGGAGUCAUACGUUAAAAAUAGGAACUAACCAGAGACUGGGUUAAGCUAUGAAUUCAGUAACAAGAGGGAAAAAAAUUAACUCUGAGUUGGAACAGAAUACUUUCCUUUGUUAGUACGGCAGAAAGGAACAUAAAAUUGAUUUGAACUAAGCGUUCAUUGUUUAGGGCCGCCAUGUUGUUUUCAUCAAGUCGAAGUGCAUCACUUUAAUCGCCCAAAAAUCAGCAAUAAUUCACUGAUUGGAGAUCAAAAAUCCAACAAAUACAUCGCAAACGGAUAUAAAAAGCUAGUUCACACGUACCUUUAAACGCGAGGCUGUACAAUUUUUUGUGGCAAAAAACCUUGCCGUAAAUCACUUACCUGCGGUUCAAACGUGAACUGCAAACUGCAAACGUGACCGCAAGGCCGUGGACACGUGACAUUUUGCGGUUUGCGGUUUGCAGUUUCCCAUGAAGAAACGUGAUGAUAAAGGUCCCUAUUGUCACGACGCUUAGAUUACGUGACAUUUAAUACAAAGUUCAGCAUACAGUGUACGUAGUUGAUGCAUAGACCCUGGGUUAGAGACCUCUGGAUUACAUUGAAAAAUGGUGGAAUGUCUUAGACGGGGAUCAUGUUGGCUGUGAAAGGUCGUGAUUUAUGCGUUCCAGUUGUUUCUGUACAGUGGUAUUAUUUUUUUCAAGAUUAUAUUUAAGCACCGAAUAAACAUCAUUCGUUUAUUUAUUUAUGUUAUUAUUAUUAUUUCUUUAUUAUUAGUUUUUGAACUUGAUGAUAGACUGACCUACAGUAUGCUGUUUCUUCAGUCUAGCCGGUAUAAAAAUCCUCUCAGUAAGGGACCGAAAAUGGAUAUGCCGCAAGUCUACUGGAGAUUUGACCAGCAAAACAAUACCACGUGGAAAAAUAAUUUUGGAAGACAUAAACAGUAUACCCGAUAGCUCCUAAACGAGUGGUUUUUUUUUUAAUCCUAGUAGUCCCUCUCCCAUCUACAGAAUGGGUUCACAGAUGAUAAAGGCAGUUCUAACUUUUGAGUCUAUGGAUAAAAUCCUAUGGUGUUACCAUUCAAAUGAUCGAAACCUCUUCAGCAGUGCUUUUACCUGGUACUACUUAUUUAUCUAAUUCUAACUUUUGAGUCUGUGGAUGAAAUCGUAUGGUCGGUUACCAUUCAAAUAAAACCUCUUCGGCAGUACUCUGAUAUUUGCUUUUCAUGAUUUAAGAAAAUGGAAUUUGGAAAUUUUGUUGAAUUUGGAUUGUUGCCACCGUAGGGAUCAAGUGAAAGGGUUACAUAUCGGUUUAAAUGUGAUUUAUUCGAUUAUCACUAAAUACGUCAAUCUGAAUUUACUGCUGACGACUUUGCUUUUCUAUCCGUGAGUGUAUGGUUUACACGGUAUUAUAAUAUAUAUCGUGUACUUUACUUGUUUAUUAGUAUUUGGUAGGAUGGUUCAUUAAACAAGCUCCAUCAGGUUUGCUCCUAACUGAACAAAAUGGAACAAUUUUCAUUCUCUUCAGUAAUGUACUUAGUAAUCUGUUAUUUCUUAAUUUUUUUUAAUGGUAGCUGGGGGGAGGGAGGGUCCAAAAUUGCUAAAACUAUUGAAGCUGUAUUAAAGUUAAUCAUUUUGACCCUAGAAGACGCUCUUAAUUAAUUCACAGUAAUUUCUGAAAAUUUCAUCGACGUAGGCCAUCACACAUGAUUUUUCAGUGAUAAAUAUGUCAGAACCAAACAAGUUAUUUCAUUGCGCUAAAAUUUGAAGGGGGUGGGAGGGGCAUUCGUAUGGCACCCUGGAUCAGCCAGUGCCUUUUUGCCUGCAAUUUGCCCCACGAAGCCCUAUUUUCCCAGCUUGUCGAAUUUGUGUUGUUAUUAUUGGAUGAGGUUUUUGUGAUAUCCGGAAUAAUCAAGGUCGAGGUAAGUGUUAUCAGCCGAAGCCGAAGGCUGAGGCUGAUAACACUAACCUAAUAUAAUUUUGGGUGCCAACAUUUAUAUCCUUACGUGAGAUGCACAAAUGGCAAAAUCACUCAUUUUAGCAUGCGUGCAGAUGUCUCCUAUUUCCCCUGUAUCACGCACUCGGGUGGGGGGGAGGGGGAAUUCCCAUGUAAAAGUGACGGGGGUGCUCGUUGGAAAAUUAGAAUUUAACCCCUAAGGGAGACCAAUGUGUGGUUGUUGCUCAAGCUUAAUUAAACUGACCCUUAAAGGAUUAAAGGGGCUGUGUCACGGCGGUCCUGUUCAUUUUGUUUAAUUUUGCCAAUUGCUCGCCCUCAAUCGGUAUGGAAUUUAAAGUCAGCAAAGAAAUUAUAAGGAAAUGACAAAAUCAGAGAUUCGAGAAAAACAAAUAUGAAGUAGCAAACAGCAGAGAUCAACUUUGAAAAACUGUUAGGCUGAACAGUUUUCAAAAACCCUAAUAAUUUCAAUCCGUUGUUGUGUUAUUUUGACCUUCCUUUAAUGAUUUAAGCGGUUAUUUUUUCGUUUCUCUUAAUUUAACAGGCAUUUUGUAAUUACCUAAUUUGGCUGAAUUUCGUGACACAGCUCCUUUAAGACAUCACGGCAUUUUUUGCAAAGAUUUCUUUAUGCAUCAGCCCUGAGCGAUACUUGAGUGGGCAAAUAUAGUGACUUUCCGUCCCAAACACCCUUAGUGAUAUCAAAAUCUGCCAUUUACACCCCUAAGUGUGACAACGAGAAUAAACGUCACUUUUGUACGGGAGUUCCCCCCGGACAUGCAAGCAGGGUGCAAUCACUUUUGUAAAGUCGCCUUAGUCAUAUAACUGCUAGAGUAGGCACAGAUAUAAGCAAAUCAAAAAACUAGUUUGGCCAAUACCUGUAGCUGGAAGGAGGCCUUUGAAAAAUGAGUGAACUGAUAAUUUCUCUUGUUUAUGGAACAUGAACCCUGAAAGUAAAAGCAUUCCUAUGAUUAAAGAAAUGCAUGCGUUAUAUACAAUAGACUUAAGUAGAAACACAUGCUCCGUGUUGCCAUCCCUAGCUAGUUUUCACGUUUCUUUCAAACCAGUGUUAUACGCUGCUAUUUGCCUUAAUGUUGACUGUACUUACUGCCGCUAAAUCAAUCCAAAGUUGAAGUUUUAGGAUUUGUCUCGGAAACAGUCGUGUUUUAUGUACGUUAACAAAUGCACUUUGUCUGGGGGAAAACAAGCGCGAGUCGUAUUACUUACGGUAGUUGUCACCAGACGGAUCUAGUCUGACAGGUUUGACAGAAAAAUACUGCAGUUGGCAGCUGGUUGGUAAAACGUAGAAUGGUAAAAGAACAUGGACUAGUGAAAGAUGGAUCAGUACACACUGACUGCUUGAAGGAACUUUGUCUCGAUCUGCAUAAUUCUCUACAUCAUACUCAGCCUCAUUCAAUAAUUGUUAAUUAUUUUUAAUCGAUCGUAUAGCUGUGGUGAUGCGGUGGUUUCGUGUUAGUGCGCUGAAGGUGUAUCUCGAGGUCUAUCCCCGGUUUUUGCUUGCCUAGUCCCUAGGCCUCAUUAUUCCGCGCAGCGUAUGCGUUUCGGAUCACGUGCCCCGGGCGAGUUUUUACCGAGAACGCCUGGGAAGACGCCGUACAGUAGCCUGCGUCACAGACGUAAUCUAACCCCGUUUAGUAACGGAUAUCCUUGUUCUGGGCCCCCAUGGGAACUCGACGAAUUACCGGAAAUGGUUUUCGAAUUUUCCUUCAUCCUGAUUGGCAAUUCGACAAUGCGAUUUUUAACAGGCUAACCAUGACGUGCACUUAAAUCCUGGCACAUAGGCGACCGCCAAUCCAAAACCCCAAAAUUCUCCCAGUCAAAGCCUUACAGUUGGAAUCUGACGAUAAAUGAUUUUCCAUUGUUUUUAACCUCUUGUAAGCGACCACUUGACGCGUUCUCUGAUCUCUCUUUUCGCUGUGUGUACUAUGUGACAUAGGAUAUACGAAGAACUUUUGUGACAACAUGGAAAUACACAUACCCUAACAUUGACAUUGCAUGCAAUAAAUUAUCUUCCAUAAAGUAGAUGUGCCUGGAACUCUUCUCGGAAGAGAGCCCCUGUGGUUCGAUUAUUGUAAACGACCACCUCCCGUAAGCGACCACUCUGUCUUUGCAUUUUGGGUGGUCGCUUACAGGAGUUUCGACUGAGGAAGAUCGAGACUAGCUUGCCUAAUAGUUAGUAACGAUGCCUGUUUUGUUCUCAUGGCCAUAGAGCUGAUCAUUAUCUUUUUACUACUGGAGCUAUAGAAUUCAUUGAAGCUUACAUUUCUAUUUUAAAACAUUUCAAUUUAGAUGAGUUUCCAAAAUCCACAUCUAGCUGCUCAGAAAGACACUUCAAGUGUCUCCUCCGAGACAAUACCAUUAUACCAUCUAGGAGCCAUUAAGCAAGAGGUAGCAUUGGACAAAACUUGUUGCCAUGAAGACGGAUCCCAGCUGAUAAGCUUGAGCGGCCUUCUAGAAACGGCAUUCAAUAAUCAGGCUGAAAGUUUAACGACCAACACAACGUUCACGUCAGUGUUUAAUGGCAGCUCCUCCUCUAU